UUUGAGUUACAUGCUAAGUGGGGCAAUAGGUGGUCCACAAUUGCACGUAGUUUACCGGGAAGAACAGACAACGAAAUCAAGAACUAUUGGCGAACCCAUUUCAAGAAGAAGACAAAGUCUCCAACUAACAAUGCGGAAAAGACGAAGAACCGAAUCUUGAAGAGGCAACAAUUUCAGCAGCAAAGACAAAUGGAGUUGCAGCAAGAACAACAGUUGCUUCAAUUCAAUCAAAUCGACAUGAAAAAGAUCAUGUCUUUACUAGACGACGACAACAACAACAAUGGUGAUAAUAAUACCUUCAGCAGUAGCAGUAGCGGCAGCAGCGGUGAAGGUGGUGCGUUCUAUGUGCCUCAUCAGAUCACACAUUCAACAACAACUUCUGGUUGUGACCCAAAUAGUAACGGGUACUACCCUGUGGUUCCGGUGACAAUGCCUGAGGCUAACGUGAAUGAAGAUAACGCUAUUUGGGACAAUUUAUGGAAUGUGGAUUUUGAAGGACAAGGAAGUUUUGGUGGUGCUGCUUGUGCCCCAAGGAAGCAAUAUUUCCAGAACAUGGUCAUUCCCUUCUAUUAACUUGACCUUUUAAAUAUCUCUUAUCUGCCGGAUAAUGAAAGAGAAAAACUUGACCGACAAGUUAGGUCGAGUUUGAGUUUAGUUUGCGGUUUCAUCUAUUUGAGAUUUUUGGUUUAAACAUAAAUAGUUUUGUUAUUGAAUUGUGUGUGAUGUAAGAAGCUCAUUUGGUUUAUCAUAAAAGAGUGAUGUAGUAGAAAGUAUGUAGAAGAAUGCUAUGUCAAUCGUAGUACAACACAACUCACUCCAAUAUAUCAAAUAAAAGUUUUGUCACUUGCAUAUUUUAGAGAAAAA